UUCACUGAGUGUGAAUUUAGAGCCGUUGUGAAAACAGGAAGCUUGCGUGUUAGGAAAGAACAAUUCAGCUUUCUGUUCAAGUGUUUCGCCAACAUUUAGACAUCUCAUGGUGUGACAGGUCAUCAAAUCAUGGGUGACUCUUUGGAGAAUAAAUCCGAAUGCCCUCCAUCUGCCAAGAUUGAAGGCUUUGCCUGUGGUCUGAGCAUGCUGGAGAGCUCAAUGCAAAAGAGCCAGGAGGAUGGUCAGGUUGCAUUUGAAGACUUGGGGUUUGCCAUUCACUUGCAAAAUGGACUACACAGUCUUCGGCUAGAGGAUAGCUUAACAGAUGUCAUUCUCCAUGUACAGAGCCAGAGCUUUCCUUGCCAUCGAGUGGUCCUCGCUGCAGCCAGUCAUUAUUUCAGAGCAAUGUUUUGUAAUGACCACAGAGAAAAACAUGAAGAGAAUAUAAAUAUUAAAGGUCUUGAUGCCGAGACUAUGAGAAACCUCUUAGAAUACACUUACACCAGCAAAGUCACCAUAACCAAGGACAAUGUUCAGAGAACGCUUGAGGCAGCCAGCCUUUUUCAGUUUCCACGUAUGGUUGAUGCCUGUGCCAGUUACCUUGCGGAGGCCCUACACCCUGAAAACUGUGUGGGCAUCCUGCACCUAGCCGAUGUCCACUCACUGGUGUCUCUCAAAGCCCAGGUCCACAGCUUUAUUAUCCAAAACUUUUCCCAAAUAAUAGAGAAUGAUGAAAUCCUGGAGCUUCCUGUAGAUGUGUUGGUCAGUCUGCUCCAGCAUGAUGACUUGGGGGUAACAGAGGAGGAGCAGGUGUUUGAAACAGUUAUACGCUGGGUGAGGGCUCGUGAGCACGAAAGGGUGACUCUGCUGUCCCUUGUCCUCUCACACGUGCGGCUUCCAUUGUUGGACCCAUGGUACUUUGUAGAAAGGGUGGAAGGAGACCCUCUUAUACGCAAAUGUGGCGAGGUGUUCCCACUUCUGCAGGAGGCCAGACUGUAUCAUCUCUCAGGGAAAGAGGUGAUCUCUGAGCGCACCAAACCAAGAGUGCGAGAGUUCCAGUCAGAGGUUUUCAUGAUCAUUGGAGGGUGCACAAAGGAUGAGAAGUUUGUGUCGGAGGUGACUUGUCUGGACCCACUGCGCAGGAGCCGCUUAGAGGUGGCAAAAUUGCCAAACACUGAGAUGGAAUCCGAGAAUGAAAAUAAAAAGUGGGUGGAGUUUGCCUGUGUCACCUUCAGAAAUGAAGUGUUCAUAUCUGGUGGCAAGGAAACGUUGCAUGAUGUGUGGAAGUAUAAUGCAUCACUAAACAAAUGGAUCCAGAUAGAGUAUCUCAACACUGGACGCUGGAGACACAAGAUGGCAGUUGUUGGAGGAAAGGUUUAUGUAUUGGGUGGAUUUGAUGGAAUACAGAGAGUGAACAGUGUCGAAGCAUAUGAUCCAUUUCACAACUGCUGGACAGAGGCAGCUCCCCUCAUGCAGAGUGUAAGCUCCUUCUCUGCUGCCAGCUAUGACAAGUGCAUCUUUGUGAUUGGUGGAGGCCCCAAUGGCAAGCUAGCCACAAACAGCAUGCAGUGCUUUGAUUCAACAUCAAAUACAUGGACCUUAAAAUGCCCAAUGCCCACUGAGGCCAAAUGCACAAAUGCUGUCACUUUUAAGGAUUCCAUCUAUGUUGUUGGUGGAGCGAUGAAGGCUUUGUAUUCCUACAGUCCUCUUGAAGACUGCUGGACACUAGUAACCCAGCUGGGAUGUGAGAGGGCCAGCUGUGGCAUUGCUGCAUGCAACAACAAGCUCUUUAUUACUGGUGGUCGUGACGACAAGAAUGAGGUUAUCGCAACUGUAUUGUGCUGGGACCCAGAGGUGAAAAAGUUGACUGAGGAGUGUGUGCUGCCGCGUGGAGUGUCUCAUCAUGGUAGUGUGACACUCAGGAAAUCCUACACACAUAUACGCAGGAUAGCGCCUGGAACAGUCAAUGGAUGACAUUUCGCAGCUCUACUGACAAGACUUUGUCAAAUGUUUUGUGAUUAUCGUAUGAAAUAUGACUCUACAAUUGUUAGUUUCAAGAUUUACAAAAAACACCUAAAGUUAAGAAAAUCCUUAGAGACAAUAGUGUUACAUAUUGUUAUUAUAAUGUAAAGGUUUUCAUAACUUUUAUUCACAUUAGCUGCUACUAAGGUAAGGGUGAGGGUUUCUGUGAGAUUCAAAAUAAACACAAUUCAUGAAACAUGAGAAAGAUUUGUGUAAAAACCAUUCAUGAAUCCAUCCUCAUGUAAAUGUCCUGUUAAAUUCAAUGGGGAUAUUUAUGGAAGAAUGCUACUAUUAACAAUUUACACACAAAUGUGUUCUGUUUGUUUUUGUCAUUGAAUUACAUUUUUCAAUUCAGUGGCGGAAUUUACGGAAGAAUGGGUUUACCAAAAAUGUACACACACAUUUCUACUCAAAUCAUUCUUGAAUCCAUCCUUAUGUAAAUUUUUCCAUAAAAUUGGUUUAAAUAAUAAUUUACAAACAAAUGUGUCCAAUUUCACAUCACAUGUAGCAGUCACCAGACUGCAGAUAUUGAGGGUUUUCGUUCACGAAUAACUUGCUCAAACCUUAGAAGUGUUGAUAACUCCACCACCAAGACU